UAAAUGUUGAGGAAGAAACACCAACCCACUUCAGUUAUCCUUCAACUCUGAAGUCACUCUAUUUGAGUCGUUCCUGAUCCGGCAAGGUGUAAGUUUAAGGGUCAAUCUGAAAGUUGAUCUGUCUUCCGAACCUUCUGAAGAUCAUGCUAGUACCAGUGCCACUUUGAAAGUGGCAGUGUUUCCUUCUUCAUCCAAAUCAGAUGAGACCUGUGAUAUUCCGAAGAGUGCUAAUGGUACCCAGAUGAAUACUAAUGAUACCCAAAAUAUCACUGCUAAUGCCUCCACAAGCAGUGACCAUGCCUCCACGAGCUGUGCUCAUGACACCCUACAGAGUGCUGAUGCUUCCACGUACAGUACUGUCGAGACAACUGCAGUGCCAGCCACCAGGCAGGGUAUCAUCAAGAAGCGUCCAUCUAGUUCAUUAAAGCAGAAAAGCACUCGCUCUUCACUCAAGAACGGCAAAAUGAAAGUUAAACACUCCAAAUUAGAGUCAAACGAACUGAACAGAACACCCCCACAAGAUACUCCCUCAAGUACAAUCCUAAAACCUUCAACCACCACCCCCACUACCAACCCAGCCCCAAAACCCCACCACAGACCCGUCUCAGUUCACUUCAGCAGUCCGACCUGCACUACCUUCAGUGAGCCAGCCCUGCACCUGACUGCUCCAGUAGAGCUUGAUAACAUCAAGUGUGAUGCGGAAACUCAGACAAACUCCCGGGGGAAGAGACGGAGGAAGAAAAGAUGCUGUAGAUGGAUGCUCGCAGCAACACUGAGGUCGUGUUUCGGCCCCUGUUUUAAGAGACUCGGCACACCGUCAGGCUAUGAUAGCAUCGAAGAGUCUCCAAGGGCCGGAGAUUUAGAUAGUCUCAACGGAAUAUCAAAUCCAGGUCGCCGAGAUAACGGAUACGACACAGUGGAACCACCAUUCCAGACACAUGGCCUAGAUUACAGAUCUAAAUCUACCAGCGAAAUCUUCAGAAGUACCGAUUACUACUAUGCUAACGACUUCAUGAAGCCAGACAAAAGAUCAUUUAGCGCCAGUUUUGGGUAUCUGAAUGAUACCGAUUUGUUUGAGACCCUCUCCCAAGGGAUGAGGAGUACCCUUACCUCCGCCAACGACCUCAGGUCAGACGUGAGCGAAGCAUUCUGGAGUUGCAGAGGUAGCAAUAGUACGAGAGGUAGUACUUGUUUAGAUAGCGAGCAGGACUUUUACAGCGACGAUUCAGAGGAACCUCACAAGGAGUACACAGUGCGGCCCGUCUGUGAGAACUGUGGCUGUGCUGGUAAACACCACACUUACGACGAACACGACAAGUGUAAUUGGAGAGAAACGUCAUUAACUAGCAGCCUUCCCAUUCCUAAGAGUCAGAAAUGGAUUCAACUGGAUUAGAGGCACGGAUGGGAAUUUAGUAUUUGUUAAUUGAUCUAGUCAGAUGGUGGACAUGUGUUCAAUUUUCUAUCAGAUUUUAGAAUGGGGUGAAGAUAUGGAAAAGAUGUAAAAUAUUCGCAGAGCGACUGAUCUAAGUUGGAAUUCUACCUGAUCUAGCGAUUCAAGACAAUUUGAAUUAUUAUACUUACACAAUGAUUCUUUGUGAUAUUUUGAUAUGAACUGAGUUUAAAUCUCUUUCUAGACUCUAAUGUAUAUUUCCGUGCGCAGUCAUUAUCCUGGUAAACGUAUAAUAAAAGAAUAAACGCCCAUUUUACUAUAAAACAUUCUUUGUAAACUUUUAUAGCGGGCCCAACCUGGCCCCUCGCUAUUGGUAUGUUAUAAGUUAUUUGUCAUAAAAUUUCUGCUAUCAAUUGUUUUAAUAUAACGAGGACAAUUUUUGGACAUUGUCAGACUUUGAGUGAACCUUGUUUUUAUGUAGAAUAUUCUAUUUAAUGCUAUUUUUAACUUGUUUCGUUUCCACUCACGA